GUUGGAGGUGGUUACUGCUUUGGGCGAUGAUGUCACUCUGGCACGUGAAACCUUAUUAGGUUCUUCCAACCAUGAAACCUUCUUUAGACGUCUGCAGCCAGGCUUUCAAUAUCACUUAACACCGUCUUCUUCAAUGUGAUACACUUGGGACCGAUCUGGCCGGUCGAGCUAUGGGUUCUUUGCGCUUGUCUUACACUAUGAUUUUGGCAUGUGUACAACCUGACAACAAGCUGUAUAUGCUGACACUUGGCUCUCCUGGGCUUCAUCUAUAUGAGAGAGAGAUCACGCAAUCUGGUAUGAUUUUAAUCAUACCUCUUUCCUACUUCUCCUUUAUCCCAUUCAAUCGAUAUGUGGCUGUGCCGCGCUCCAGAGAACGGUUGUUCGGCGCAGUCAAAACAUCGCCGAGAAAUCCAAGAAAAGCUUCGCAUCCGUUUCGUCCCUUCCUCGAUCCUUUCCUUUCAUGCUGCAGGGAAUUUUCAAGUUGUCUCUAUUCAUUACCACGGCAUCGGGCAGCAGCAUCAUUGUCUGCAACGUCGUGUUCAGGAGCUGGAACAAGCAAAGGGCCGAUCGGGAUAACGAUCAACAAGUCCAGACGCUUCUGUAAGGACAGAGAUUUUCUAUAAUCUCAAGGAGGAAAAGAAAGGAAAAGUUGUGCACACAACUACCCACGUCUCGAUAAAACGACCCAGUGUUCCUACGAUUCAAAGGAUCGCAUGUUGUCAGACGCCUGCCUUUCACAUCGGUCAGCCCUGCAUCCGCAUCCGGCAACCCACGCCAUAUCGAAUGGUGUGGUACACCAGAUC